CUCGAUACUUAUCGCCAUGCGUUGCCUUGACGACCGAUCCAAGUGGCCUUUGGUGUCUCCGUUCAGAGUGAACAGCCACAUUAUACUACGGACAAUCAGAGAUUUAGAUUUAAAACUCGAAAAUUGUUUAGUUUCGCCGACAUCCAAUCCCCGAACACAAAAAUGGUAAAGCGAUUCAAGGCGUCUAGUUCGCUGGGGGCCAGCGAUGGUGGAAGCGUCAAAAGUGGCAACUGCAAGGACUCGGACCAGGUCUAUUGUGUGCUCCUCCAUGUGGUCGAGGCGAUCAACUUCGUGAGCCGCGAUGGCAGCGAGCGGGAGCAGAUUGUGAUGAACGCCGCCCUUAACACGGUGGACUUUGAGGUCGAGGGCACCCAGUCGGCCGAAACCAUCAUCUUCAACAGCAACUGCAUUUGGGAGUGCGACCUGGCCGGGAUCAAGCGCAUCAAGACGGACCACCGACCCGUCAAGAUAACCUUCUCUGCGUGCCGUGUCGGUGGGGCUGAGCGCAAGACCAUUGGCAGCCUGCUUCUUCCGGUGCGAGGACUUCCGGUCCUAGCCACCACGGGCAGCCACAACGGUGCCAAUCUGAAAAUGUUCUGGCACAAGCUCAUCUGCAUCAGCAGCGAGUUCCGCUCCCACAAGCCGGAGGUCCUGCUCAUGCUGGCCAUCAUCAAGAAGUCCAUCCUGCAUACCAAGGACUUCGAUCACCUCAUGCAGUUCACCGAACAAAAAACGCCACCCACGCCGCCACUGCAGUCUCCCGGACACUCGAUAACUGCUAGCAUGCUCCAGUCGCAGGCCAACGUCUACGUGCAGUCGUUGGUGCAACUGGGCCUGCUGCAGGUGGGCAAUGAUCCGCUGAUAGACUGCGACAUAAUCGAGGUAGUGCUGCAACUUAAACAGCUGAAGAACGUGAACCGGCUGGUCAAGUCACUCGACGAGGGCAAGGGAACCGGCUCCGUGAUCCUGGUGUUCGACUUCGUGGGCAAUGUGACCAACAUUGAGCUGAAGCUAAACGAGUCCGACUCCUACAUUCUUAACGACGUCCUUGGGCUGCGUUUUAAGACAUCAUUGCGCAGCAUGCGACUCUAUUUCCAACGCAUCUUCUAUCUGCCCAUCAACAUGUACAUGAAUGGCUCGGCAAUAGCCACAUACCGCAUGGACUUUGGCAAUCUGCUGCCUCCGGACAACUACUUCUCGGACAAACGAAAAUACACCCACAACGGCUCAUUUUCCUUUAAUCGACUUGCAAAAAGGGACAGCGCUAGAGAACCCAAGCCGCCUCUGAUGGAGUACUCCUUCAGUGUGGACGUAAAGACACUGUUAUCGAGGCAGGGACAGGAGGAGCCUGAAUCUACAUCUUCGGUGGCGAGCGGAGUCAUCAGGGACGAGGAUGAGCAGUGCCUGGGAAAGACGUUUUCCGCUUUAGUGGUUCGUGAGGAUCUCAAUUUUAGUAAGGCGGAAAAAGCAAUAGUUCGAAAGUCUAAAAAUACGGAAAUCCUGCCAGGUGAUGAUUUUGAAACUGCUUUCUGCGAUGACAAAAAGUUAACUAAUGUAGUGGAAGAGGAAACAAAAUCUCAAAGUAAGAACAACAUUGAAUCUACAAACAAAGAAUCUUCUAGCUCUCCAAAAAAACUGAAGAUUAAGUCGCAGAAAUCAAAUGAGUUUCUCAGAGAAUCUUCUAAAUUAAAAAUGAAGACUCCUAAGAGCAAGAUUUCAACUUCCGAGGAAAAUGAUUUCGAUAACUUUGGAGAGUUGACUUCCCUAGAACUGUUCGAGUUCGAGGAAAAAAGACAAGCAAAAGAAGCUGAACUACAGUCUUUGAGAAUGCAAAGGAUCAAAGAAUCUUCACCAAUGCCAAUGGAAAGCAAAGUUCGAAAAACCAAAACUAAAGACACUGAAGUAUUAAAAAAUGGAAGCAACCUCAGUAUUAUUGAUAAAGCUACAGCAGAAUCUCCCAAACAGUCGGCACCCAAACAAAAAGUGUGCAAUCAAUACGUAAAAAAGUUGCCAAAAACACAACUCAAUGAAGUCUGUUUAACCCAUGAAAGUCCAUCUAAGUUAAAAAGCCAAAUGGUUUAUGAAAAACAAACAGAAAGUAAAGUAUUUUCAGAGAAUAGCUAUGAACAGAGUGAUGAGGAAAAACUAAGUAAGAAACCAAAGUCCCAAAAUUUAAAAACCAAAUCGAGUUUUAAUGAUGUUCAAAGUAUAGGCAAAACCAAAUCACAAUUUUUAGCUUCCCAAGAACUGGAAGACUUUGAAGAAAUAUCCACAAGCACCCAGGAAACGAGAAGUUUCAAAACAUCUAAGAGUGAUUUGGGUCUUCGGGCACGUUGGGUGGAGGUUAAUAAAAAACAGACACAAGUUUUGGAUGAAACCGAGAAGUUUCUGCAGGAAACUUGCCGUGCCGAACUCGACGAGGUCCUCUACGAGGAUCAGUUGGCGUUCGGUCUGGCAAAGCCUCUUAAGCUCAAAAAGAAGGUUGGAAAAUCCAUGGAAGAAAAUGUAAAAAGCAUCAAUUAUGAAAACUCAUAUUUGGAGGAAAUCGCCAUCUGUCAGUCUCAAGGGGAUCUGGUGAAAAAAAAGAAGAGGACUAUACCCAUACACCAGAUGGAAAUCGAAAGCUCCGAGGAAUACAUCUCAUUGUCGGAAGGCAUUUUGAGAUCUGCUGAAAUGAUAUAUUCAGAAACAGAACAUCGGGAUGUUCGAGUCACUUUUGCUAAAUCCAAAGGAGGUCGUGUUAAGAAAAAGAUGAGGGCAGACGAAGACGAUGUAAAUCAGGAUAAUACUUCUCUAUCGGAGGAAAACUUACAAUCCACCGAGAAGAUCUCUGCAGAAUUUGAGCAGCGGGAUGCUCAAAUAAAAUCCAAGAAGAGGGAAUUUACUAGCUCCCAAGAAUUUAUCUCGGAGUCAAAUUUGAAAUCCAGUGAGCUCACUAAUCAAACUGCUCAACCGCAGGAUGUAAGAGUCCUCAAAAAAAAGAAAUUAAAAAAGAUUUUAGUCAAAGAAGAUUCUCAGAUCCAAGAUAUUGAAUCUCAGAAAGAAGAAGCAGUUAGGCCAGUCAAAAAGAAGGUGCUUCGAAAAAAGUCAUCAGUAAUUUCAGACAACGUAGAGCACACCAAGAACGAACAUCCACCGGAAGAAAUACCAGAUGUCAAAACAAAGAAAAUAAUUAGGAAAAAAACAAAACCCCUGGUUGACAAUCCAUUGGUUGAAGAAAUUACAAAAAACCAGAAAGAAGCAUUUCAAAAUUCCCAAAAGAAGACCACUUCCCGAAAGCAAUUUAAAGAUUUAAGCACCUCCGAAGAAUGUUAUGAAUUCGAACAGCCUACAAAUAUGUCCGAUACUGUAGGACAAAAAAUCAAGAGCUGGCGAAGGCAACAAAUCGAAAUCUUCGAGCAGGAACUGGCACUCAAGGAGUUGCAUUAUAAAAAUCAGUUAGAGGAGAUGGAAAACCAAGAGGCGAGAAUACAUAUACUCAGCAAGGAGGAACCACAUCUAGAUGAGACUUUUAUCAGUAAAAAAACAAACGUGUCGUGCGUUGACUAUGAGGCGAAAUUCCAAGAGCUAGAAGAACACAUAGCUCUUUUAAAAUCUGAAAUGGAGGAUCAAGUAAGGAUUUUCGAGGAUCGAAGUGUGGAGCUCCGGCAGGAAAACCUUCAGUUGUGCACCGAGAAAACCGCACUUAAGAUUCGCAUCGCGGCUAUGGAACAGCAGAUUGAGGAUUUAAAGGAUCAGGGCUCCGGCGGGGGAGAUCUGAAGCAGGUUCUCGGGGAGCUGAGGUCCCAGAAUCGACGAUAUAAUAUGCUUGCCUGCGAAAAGGAACGCUACAAAAAGCGCUGGCGAAGAUCCGCCAGGAGGGUUCAUGCCCUCAAGUUGGCCAUGUACGAAAGAAAUAUGGAGCGGGAGCAUUGCAUUAAAGUCGAACCCAUUGACCUUAGACAGAUCCUGACCCAGGAUGCCAUGGAGUUCGAGCGAGAGUAUGGACAGUUUCGUCAGAAUGGCCAAUCUUCGAGGUAUUCACUGGGAUCGAUGUCAGGAUCGGGUGACUUUUCAAUUCCAAACAAAAAGUGUAUACCAGCUAACAACAACAUUUGA